GCAGAUUUGUCACAAUGGGAUACGAUACGGAUUUUUUAAGCAUUGUUAAUAUGAAUGCCUCCGGACGGAAAGGCCACAAGUUUAUGGAUUUCCGAAAGUUCGGACUUCAUAGUAUUGUAGAGAACGAAAAACCAAACCUGCUCUUCCUGCCGGGUGACGAUCCAGAUCCGGAUACACUAAUCAAAAUGAACUACGAAACUCUGACGCUGGAGCAAGCAGAGCAAGAAACGGUGUUACUGUACGACGUUAACCGACUACGGCUCAGAUCCAAAACCGAACUUCCGGAGAUUCAAAUACCAGGAUUGGAGUAUGGGAAGUAUGUCGCUCCGAUGAUGCAAAUUCUUCCUCCGCAACCAAGAAGUCAAGAGUCCGUGGUUAAGGAGUUUGUAUGCGUGUCCUGGCACUACAGUAUUACACGUUUAAAUGGUUCGCAAAACCUAUUUGAGAUCGGUCGUCGCCUUAUGAUAUAUGCGGAGUUUAUGGCCUGGGCUUCCGGAAGUGAAGUUCUGAUUGGCGGAGACUUUAAUCUUGAAGUAGAACAGAUAGACACACUGAUAAAAGAGCACAAUCAGAGGAUAGAGCAACAUGUAGAUGAUCUAAAGCCAUUCUUUGAGAGUGAGUACGGUUUGAUGCCUUGUAUGACAGAAACGACACAGCGACCCAUGAGAAGACAGCGUCAACUUAAACUUCACAAAUGUGUAAAGUCAAAGGCUGAAAAUUUCUUUAUCGCCUCCAAAGAAAUGCAGCUUUGUCAUACAAGAAAUGUGCAGCUGGACAGACUCGCUUAUAGUGCCACCGCUCUGAAAGUCGCCACUAAAUUACCGGAAGUCGACCCAAACCCGACUCGAACUCGGCAAGAGUACCAGCGUGAGCGUCCAAAACCUAGCACAACAGACCGGGUUCGAUAUUCAGAAUAUUGUCCAGCUCCAUCAAGAACCGAAAUGUAUAUCCCACAACGCCCACCCAAACACCAUGGGGGAUGACUCAGGCUCAGUACAGCUGUCCGACA